GGGGGACCUGACUCUUGCCAGUGCCCGGAUCGCGCAGAGGGCUGCCGCAGAGAACGCAGCAGGACUCACCACGGUAUGCGCGUUGGCUCCCAGAGCUGAGCAGCCGCGAUGUGGCACUGGGCUCUGGGACCAGGCUGGAAGCCGCUGUUGGUGCUGGCACUGACUAGCCUGCGAGGGGCGAGGGCUGCUGAGGAAGAACCGAGCGCAGAUGAGACCUUCCAGGUGAUUACCUUCAAAUGGCACCACGUCCAGGAUCCAUACAUCAUCGCGCUUUGGAUUCUCGUGGCAAGCUUGGCAAAAAUCGUCUUUCACCUGUCCCACAAGGUCACCAGUAUCGUCCCUGAGAGCGCUCUGCUCAUCGUUCUGGGCCUGGUGCUAGGCGGCAUCGUCUGGGCAGCUGACCACAUUGCCUCCUUCACACUCACACCCACGCUCUUCUUCUUCUACCUGCUGCCCCCUAUUGUGUUGGAUGCUGGAUACUUCAUGCCCAAUCGACUCUUCUUUGGUAACCUGGGCACCAUUCUGCUAUAUGCUGUCAUUGGCACUAUAUGGAAUGCAGCCACCACAGGAUUGUCCCUCUAUGGUGUCUUCCUCAGUGGCGUAAUGGGUGAGCUGAAGGUUGGACUACUGGAUUUCCUGCUUUUUGGUAGUCUCAUUGCUGCUGUGGACCCAGUGGCUGUGUUGGCUGUGUUUGAGGAAGUCCAUGUCAAUGAAGUUCUUUUCAUCAUUGUUUUUGGAGAGUCACUGCUGAAUGAUGCAGUGACUGUGGUCUUGUACAAUGUUUUUGAGUCUUUUGUGACGCUGGGUGGUGACAAGGUGACUGGCGUGGAUUGUGUGAAAGGCAUAGUGUCCUUCUUCGUGGUGAGCCUAGGGGGGACUCUGGUGGGUGUUAUCUUCGCCUUCCUGCUGUCCUUGGUGACUCGCUUCACCAAGCAUGUGCGUAUCAUCGAGCCUGGCUUCGUCUUUGUCAUUUCCUACCUGUCCUAUCUGACCUCCGAGAUGCUGUCCUUGUCAGCCAUCCUGGCCAUCACCUUUUGCGGCAUCUGCUGUCAGAAGUACGUGAAGGCCAACAUCUCAGAGCAGUCGGCCACCACUGUGCGCUACACCAUGAAGAUGCUGGCCAGUGGAGCAGAGACCAUUAUCUUCAUGUUCCUGGGCAUCUCAGCUGUGGACCCCCUUAUUUGGACAUGGAACACGGCUUUUGUGUUGCUGACGCUGCUCUUCAUUUCUGUAUAUCGAGCCAUUGGUGUUGUUCUGCAGACCUGGAUCCUGAAUCGUUACCGCAUGGUGCAGCUGGAGACCAUUGACCAGGUGGUCAUGUCCUAUGGUGGCCUGCGUGGGGCCGUGGCCUAUGCCUUGGUGGUACUUCUGGAUGAGAAGAAAGUCAAGGAGAAGAAUCUGUUUGUCAGCACCACUCUCAUCGUGGUCUUCUUCACAGUCAUCUUUCAGGGCCUGACCAUCAAGCCCCUGGUGCAGUGGCUGAAGGUGAAGAGGAGUGAGCAGCGUGAGCCGAAGCUCAAUGAGAAGCUCCACGGCCGGGCUUUCGACCACAUCCUCUCAGCCAUUGAGGACAUCUCAGGACAAAUUGGACACAAUUAUCUCAGAGAUAAGUGGUCCAACUUUGAUAGGAAGUUCCUCAGCAAAGUCCUCAUGAGAAGAUCGGCUCAAAAAUCCCGAGAUCGGAUUCUGAACGUUUUCCAUGAGCUGAAUUUGAAGGAUGCUAUUAGCUAUGUGGCUGAGGGAGAGCGCCGUGGGUCCCUGGCCUUCAUUCGCUCCCCAAGUACGGACAAUAUGGUCAAUGUGGACUUCAGCACACCCCGCCCAUCUACCGUGGAGGCAUCUGUCUCCUAUCUCUUGAGGGAGAAUGUCAGUACUGUAUGCCUGGAUAUGCAGUCCUUGGAGCAGAGGCGGAGAAGCAUCCGUGACACUGAGGACAUGGUUACCCACCACACACUGCAGCAGUACCUGUAUAAGCCUCGGCAGGAGUACAAGCAUCUCUAUAGUCGUCAUGAGCUAACACCCAACGAGGAUGAAAAGCAGGACAAGGAAAUCUUCCACAGGACCAUGAAGAAGCGUCUGGAGUCCUUUAAGUCAGCUAAGUUAGGCAUCAACCAGAACAAGAAGGGAGCCAAGCUGUACAAGAGGGAGCGUGCACAGAAGCGGAGGAACAGCAGCAUUCCUAAUGGGAAGCUGCCUAUGGAGAACCUGGCACACAACUUCAUCAUCAAGGAGAAAGAUUUGGAAUUUUCAGAGCCUGAGGAGACCACCAACUAUGAAGAGACCAGUGGGGGCAUCGAGUUUCUGGCCAAUGUCACCAAGGAUGUAACCUCUGACUCUGGGGCAGGUGACACGGGCUCUGACACACCGCUUACCGGAAGCUUGUCCCCACGUUGGCCAUCCGCUGCGGCCCAGCAGCUCGUGCUCCCCUCACGGCUCGCUAGCCCACGUGCCCCGAGCCCCGCCCCACCUGAGCGCAUCUCGCCUGCCAAUUUUGCCUCUGGUGAACCCGGGACGGGUCCAGAACAGCGGGCCCCGCCCAGCGCGCAUGCUCGGUCUGCGGCUGCGCGCCGUGUACACAGUAGGCGCUCCUUCCAGAGGCCUCGCCCACGCCGCCGCCCUGCUCUGCUUAAGCUCGCUUCUCUUCCGGGCUCUACAGAACUGCCGCCACAUGCUCUGGAGCAAGAAGAGACGCCGUUGUGAUCGUUGCUUGGCCGGCGGCCAGCUCCGAGGGUCUCCUUAGUGGUCCUUCCCCAACCAGCUAAGGUUUCUUAGGGUUCACUGCUCUCUGGGAGUCUUAUGCCCUAGAAAGAACUUUUCAUCCACCGGGCAUCCCUAGGAUACCACACUGCCUCCGCCGUUUUCUUGCCCUGGUUCAGUCCCUACUGCUCCGAGGUGCUGUGCCCCCUAACUCCCUCCACACACACACACACACUGGGCCCAGGCGAGCUCUUGUUAGUGUUUGCAAUUCUUACUCAGAGAGGAGGAAGACCCCUGGGAGGCCUGUGGCGGACCUCUUAUCACUGCUGGUACAAAGGUCUAAAAAUUAAGACUUGCGGAAGUUGCACCGCCCAGAUCAGCCGCACCCUAAAUGGGCAGCAGGUUCUUGUGCAUCCCCAGAGAUACAUGCUCCUGAGGGCCCCCUAUCUGACUCCUUCCAGACUGUCCCACCACCUUGUGGCUUGUAGGAUCAACUGCAGAAAUAUUUGUUCCAAUUUUGGCUCCUCUAGCUCAAGACUUUCUCUGUUCAGCCCCUCCCAGCCUGGGCCUUGUCGCACAAACAAGGUUUCUCGCCUGAGCUGUCUCUAAGUUGGGAACACUGCAGAUGGCCAGGCUGGCUGAGCUAGAGGACUACAGGAACCCUUGGUCAGAACUAAAGCUAGCUCUCUCUGCCUUCAUCUACUGAUGGCAGGGGAAAGCUGGGGACAUAGAAGGGCUCUACGUCACCCAGGAGGGGGUGACAGAAGCCCACUGUCUGGGCAUUUCCCCCCUGUCUCAGGACUUCAGGGCCUGUCUUAGAGCACUGUCCCUCUGGAGUGCUAAGAGGGUGGGCCCUCAUCCCUCAUUACCUUUCCUCAGAAGUCCAAUCUUGAAGAGUCACCUCUGUUUUGCUUCCAGCUCACUUGGCCUGCACCACAGGAUCUCAUUUGAGGGAGGCUGAGAUGAGGCUAAAGGUGGACCUAGGGACCUUCUGGAGACUUCUGAAACAAACCACGCAGCUUUCUGCUCAGGAAACUAAAUACUGUGUCUCAGGAACAAGGCUGACAGUUCCGUUCACAGGAGUCACAGGAAGGUCCGUCAAUUUGUAUUAAUGCUGUAGUUGAAUCAUGGCUAGGAAGAGUGGACAAUUCCCGUUCACAAACUGAGACGUGAAUGAAAACAAAGCAAGUUUGCUCAACAUACUGCAUUCUGCUUCAGAGUGUCGUUCCCCAACUGAGCCUGUCUGUACACUGUUGACUGGCUAGCUCAGACUCGGCCAUUAGAUGCUCAGCAUCUGAUCUCCACAGCCCUUCUCCUUGCAGCAUUUUGACUACUUCUGAAAUGAAGUCCAGCCACUGUAAAAUGAAUGCUGUGGCCAGUGAUUCCACCAGACUGCUCUGGAGCUGCCACUUGAGUACCUCCUAGGUAGGCUGUGUCUGGCUACUGUACCAGGGGUGUUCUGAGAGGCACCUGCCAGCCCCUGCUUUGAAGACAAGUUUCUCAUGCCUGUCUGUGCCAGGCCUUAACACACCACCUGAUCUGUUGGACCUGGGUUCUAAUUCCUACUGCAGAAUUAGAACCUUGGUCUGACUAGACAGUACCUCAGCAGCUGUCACCUUGCAACAGAUACCAAAGCUAGCAGCUAGGUGAUGAAUUUUUGGACACUCUGUCCCUGUGUUUGAGCUGUGCACAGGCCAUGUCCUUUGAGCUUGUGAACCACACCUAGGCAUAGCCACAUGGAAUCAGUUUUGAUAAGAAAGCCUCAUUCACAAAAACCCGUUUCCUGUGCUUAGAUGACACAGUGGCUCCAUUUCAUAGUUGAGGACCCCCCUGUUCCUGUCAUUGUUGUACAAUAGAAUGUAAAAUCCUAUGAAUGUAUUUCCUUAGGAAAACUGUUGUAAAAGUUUUUUAUUAGGAGAAAAUAUUUAUUUAAUACUGAACUUUCACCUACUUUGUGGUACUACAAAGUAUACAAAUUUAGGAAAUUUAUAUUUCCACAUCUGUAUUUUCUUGAAAAUAAUUUUAUUACAGUGUUCAAUAUACUAUGUAUUACUGAUCUUUUUGUGAAAGGAAAUUUAAAGAAUUUCAUCAAAACUAGAAAUAUAUUUUGAGUGGUUAAAAAUGUGUAUUAAUAUUGUGAACAUAAUUAUCGUUUAACUUUGUUUAAUUCUGAUCACAGAAUAAUGUGCCUUAAGAUGCCCCUCCUGUGCACUGGGCAGCAUCUGUACAGGGAGUCCAUCAGCAAAAAUGCAGUGACUGCUUGUCUAAGUCUAUUAAAAACAUUUCAAGGCA